GGUGCAGCCUUGUCCUCUUCGUCACUGUCCUUCUCUCCUGCCUCCACAGUCUGAUCGACUCCCUGAAGUUCUGGAGGACUCGCUUCCUCCUGCUGCCGGCAGGGGGAGCGAGGCGGGUGGCGGAUGGGGAGGGGCACUGGGAUGUGUAUGGGGAGGGGGCAGGUUCUGGGAUUGGAGGCAACGGGGACUGGGUCCUGCUGGACGGCUUCAUCCGCUUCCUUGAGGGUCUCAACCGCAUCCGGAGGAGACACCGCUCCGACAGGAUCAUCAGGCAGAAGGGCACCUCAAUGAAAGGCCUGCAGGUCACCAGUCCUCUCCCGGCGUACCCCCCCGAGCCACUGGUGCCCCCACAGGGGAAGAAAGGCACUUCAGCCUUAUCAGCCUUACUGGAGAUGGAGCAGAACCAGAA